AUGAUCCGUCAAGUCGUCGCUCCGGUUGCUCGCGCGCAGCGCGCAGCAACAAUCGCCGCUCGCGUGCCGAGAGCGUUCUCGACGACUGCGCCUAUCCGCACAACUGCCGGUGGCAACAAUGCGCUGCCUGCGCGGAAACCCGUUGGAGCGUUUCGCGGGGGGCUGUUUGGGUUUCUCCUCGGCACCGUCACUGCCGGCGCCUCGGUUUACUACUACGUUUUGAAGGAAUACCGAGUGUCUAACGAGAUGUUGACGGAUGAUAUAUAUUCUCUACAAAAUGCAUCCCAAAAGCUCAACAAAUACAUAACCGAGUUGGAAACGAAGCUGGAUAACCUGCACAAAAAGUAA